AUGGCGAUCCAGCGCGACAACACCAUGGUUGACACCGUCAAGGCCUCCAAGGGCUUCCUCAAGGACAACAAGUCUCGCGGCCGCACCCGCCAGCACGACCGCCGUCGCCGCAAGCCGACCCAGUCGUACUCGUCGUACAUCUACAAGGUGCUCAAGCAGGUGCACCCCGACACCGGCAUGUCCCGCCGCGCCAUGUCGAUCAUGAACUCGUUCGUCAACGACACCUUUGAGAAGAUCGCCCUCGAGGCCUCGCGCCUUGCCAAGUUCUCGGGCAAGCAGACCAUCACCUCCCGCGAAAUCCAGACCGCUGCCCGUCUCAUCCUCCCCGGUGAGCUCGCCAAGCACGCCGUGUCCGAGGGCACGAAGGCUGACGGCCCACCUCUCGGCUCGGACGACGACGACGACGGUGACGAUGACACCGCGCUGAACCCAAGCCUUGAUGACGACGACGACAACAACGAUGAUGAUGACGAUGAUGACGACGACGACGACGACGACGAUGACGACGACGACGACGAUGAUGACGACGACGACGACGACGACGACGACGACGAGACAGCGACUAGGCCGUCGGCCCGGCAGGUCCGCUUUGAGGCGCGCGAGGCACACGAAGACCGGAGGAGUAAGAAGAAGAAGAAGAAAAAGAAGAAGAAGAAGAAAAAGAAGAAGCGCAAGAACCGCUGGGGCUCGGACGACGACGACGACGCUGCGCUCUCGGCCGUCCAGUCGCGGCCGAGACGCCAGGCACGGCGGAACGUGUCAUAUGCCGGAAACUCGGGCUCCGACUCGGACCAAGACGAGGACGAAGACAUGGAGGCGCGGAUGGCGGAAUGGAGCCGACAGGCCGACGAGAACACCGAGCGGUUCAUGCUCCUGCAGCAGUUCUCCGACUCUCAGCUCGCCCGCUACGAGGCCUUCCGCCGCUCCAAGCUGCACCAGUCCAAAGUCAAGCGCAUCAUGGGUUCGGUCUACUCGUCAACCAUCCCUCCGGCGGCCUCGAUCAUUGUCGCAGGUAUCACCAAGGUCUUUGUGGGCGAGCUCAUCGAGACCGCGCUGCACAUCCAGAACGAGCUCGGUCAGGGCACCAACUUUGACGACAACUCUCCGGGCAUCCCGCUCCUUCCCUCGCACGUUCGCGCCGCCUAUCGCCGCCUUCGCGCCAAGGGCGCAGUCCCGCCGUCGACACUCGCCGUCACUGCGCCCGCUGCCCGCGCCCGCGCCAAGCUCCUCGACUAACCCCCUACCCCC